UUUUUAUAAAUUUAAUAUUACCACAACAAUGAGUACUCAUUUCUUUAAGAGUUUUAUUAAGAAUACUGGGAGUCAGAAUAUUAGAGAUAAGAUGAUUAGAAAAAUGAUAGUCAGGAAACCAUACCCAAGAAUGUUAAAGGGAAUGCAUCCUAAUGUCAGGAAAUUGAUUAAUAGAACAACUCAAGCUCCUGUUCCUCUAACUUACAAGCUUCAGGAACUACCAACUCCUGAUACUACUUUAGAUGAGCCUCUCGGAGUCUCUCCUGAAGUUCCAUUUGAAGUGAAGAGGACAUUUAAUGGAAAUUUGCCAGUUUACACAAAAUUCACUCAUGAUGGAAAUAGAAAAUUAACAGUGGUCAGACACUUGUAUGGCGAUGUUGACUCCUUUAAGGAAGAAUUAGCUAAAAUUUGCAGUAACCAUGAAAUCUUUGAAAAAGUUGGAAGAGUUGAAGUGAAAGGAUUACACAAAGAAAAGGUAGACUUGUGGCUUAGAAGGCUUGGCUUUUAAUCUUCCAAUAAUGCUCAUCCAAAAGUUCAAUUCUUA